AGGAGGCAGUCAAAGUGGAAUAGCAACGUUUCCUGAGCCAUAACACUCCCCUCAGUUCCUCGCCCUUUCUGAGGGGCUGUCGGGGGCCAUGGGGCCUUGCUGGGCCUCGGGGGCCUCCCUAGCGCUGUGCGGGGCCUUGCUGGGCCUGGGCUGGGAGGCCGGGCGGAGGCUGGGGCGGCAGUGGGGGGCCUCCAGGACAGACCGCUGGGUCCUCCGCUGGCUCUGCUUCGACGCCCUCGUCCACGGCGCCCUGGAAGGUCCAUUUGUUUACCUGUCUUUGAGGGGAAGUGUUGCAAAAUCAGAUGAUAUAAUUGCUUCACUGUGGAAGGAAUAUGGCAAAGCAGAUGUAAGAUGGCUACACUCCGAUCCUACUAUCGUCUCACUGGAGAUGCUAACGGUUUUUUUGGAUGGCCUUUUAGCAUUGGUUCUCAUUUAUUCUAUUCUCAAACAGAAGCAUUACCGACAUUUCAUACAGAUUACGCUCUGUGUAUGUGAAUUGUAUGGUGGAUGGAUGACCUUUUGCCCAGAGUGGCUCAUCGAGAGCCCCAACUUGAACACCAGUAACUGGAUGUAUCUGUGGGUAUAUUUAGUAUUUUUUAAUGGCAUAUGGGUUGUUAUCCCUGGAUGCCUAUUAAUUCAGUCUUGGUUAGCCCUCAAGAAAAUGCAUGAUGAACUGUCAAAUAGCAAAAAAGACAAAUAAUGAGGAUAUUAUACGUGUCCAGUAGAUGUAAGAACUCAAAAUGGAAUACCUUUUUUGACAAAAGUGGACAGUAGGAUCCAGAGUAUCCUAGGACUCUUCUAUAUCCUUGCUGUGCUAUCCCCUUGCUUGACAGACUGCUAUCAGCAUGGGACCAGGCGAAUUAUUUCCAGCAAGUCCCACCUGGAGUGCCAUGCUUCAUCUUCCAGCAUUUAUUCAGACCCUGGCACACAUGCUUUUCCCAGUAGACCCGCAUCAGUGGUGAUGCAUACAAAACAAAUCAAGGGAAAUCUAGGUUACUGGAAAGGUUACUAGGUUCUUGUAUUGACCACUUUGACUCAGUCAACAUGGACCAUUUUGUUAAGUCUUUCUAGUUAUGUCAUUUCAGGCCAUAGUUCAUGUCAUGUGGGCAAAAUGUAAAUUAGAUAUAACUGUUGGGGGGUUGUAAAAAACAACAGCAGAGUUUUGAGGCAUUUAACAAAAGCUUUACUUAAUAGAAGUCUUUAAAAACUGAAGCAAAAACAAAACAAUAUGAAUGGCACAGUACACAGCAGUAAAAAUUAAAGCACAGUCAAAAAUCCUGAUUCAGCAGCAUGCUAACAUUGUCUUACCAUUACAGCAGCAUGAAGAGCAGUAUACAAACAAUGCUCCCAUAAUCUAGCAGAUCUACAAGGUAGUUAUACAUUUCUAAUUGGUUAACAUAAUCACCUGGUUUACUUAGCUAACUACCAUGGCCUACACCUGCCAGUUUACUAGACUCUCAUCCAGUCACAACUUAGUAUACCUCAACAAUCACAAUGUGUUUGUUUUUACAUUUAUGCAGUGGUGGGGCUGUCAAUCCAGUGGUACUAGAGGUGAAGACUCUUUAACCUUUCCUUCCAGGAUAAUUUCCCCUUGUUCCAAUCACUUUUUCCCACAGCUGAUGUUUGUCUUACAGUGAGUGGAAAGGACUAAAAGAAAUGUAAGGAAAUUUGAUUUGGAUAGGGAAAAUGAUAAAAAGCUUCUUCCAUCAGUACUAGUUCAAUCAGAUUUUUGAGUGUGCCUUCAGAUGCUUCAAAGCAAACUCAAAAAUGUGUGGAGAUGGAGAUUCUCCUGCAUGGUGAUGUCUUCCCAUAUACUCUGGCACUAUUCCUCUCUGAUCAUCAUAGAAACAGUGCAGUAAAACUGUGUUGUCCUCUCCCAAGGCCCCAUUCGCACUGGCAGAUUUGCCCUGGAAGGAACUGGGCAGAUUCGGGGGGCCCCCUCCCGAAUCUCUCCGUAAGCAAGUGCCCACUACCAAUCAGGGGCAUUUUAACCCAAAUGCCCUCUUGGGGAAAUCGGGUUUAACAUUA